UCUGUAAUUAAAGAGGGAAUGAUCUCUCUUUGCCGGCAUGUCGGAGGUAAUCGCGUAAAGGCAACACCAUCUCUGGUAGAGGUAGGCAUUUAAAAAACCUCUCAAAUUUCCCGUCACGUGCUCUUCGGAUAACCCUUCACUCUGUAAUACCCCUGCUGUCGGACAUGCUUCCAAAAAUGCAACUCUUGAGCCUGCAAUUUCGAUAAUUAAGAAACUUAUCUGAAGGUGGGGCGCCUGCGCACUCAUACGACGCGCCCUCUCCACAACCGCUUGAAAACAGUGAGUGUUGUCAAAAAGAAGCAGAAGCUAUUCUCGGUAUGGGAGUCAAUUUGAGCAAAGUCCUUGCCGUCCUACAGAAGAAGGGGGAACCUGAAGCUGGGGCGGCAGAAAUUCCGGCGCCCCUGGAAGAUCCACCAACUCCUCCGGCCCCUGAUCCUCGUCUUCCCCUCACAGCAAAACAACUUUUCAACAUUUCUAAGUCAUGGAAAGGAAUAGCUCGAGCAAUGGAACCAACUGGAGUAAUUAUGUUUGUCAGACUGUUCGAAGAGAAUGAAGACAUACUCCAUUUGUUCGAAAAGUUCCAAAAGAAAAGAAUAACCGAAUUGCAUCGUGACAGUAUGGAACUGGCACAGCACGCAUCUAUCGUUAUGAAUACUUUAGAUGAAAGUAUCAAGAAACUGCACAAUGUCGAUUAUUUUAUGGACUACUUGCAUGCAGUGGGUAAACUACAUACUAAAAUACCUGGAUUCCAAAGAGAUUAUUUUUGGAGAAUUGAGCGACCAUUCCUGGCAGCUGUCCAAGAAACUUUAGGAGAUCGAUAUACAGACAAUAUGGAAAACAUCUACAAAAUCACAAUUCGCUAUAUUCUAGAUACUGUUGUGAAAGGAUUCGAUCUACAUUCAAAAAAACCUGAGCCAAGUGACAAAGUUCGACCACCAAAAGCAUCUCCUGAACCAUCACCAUCUCCUCAUGAUGACGACACAAGCACUAGACCUGAGAACAAAACCGAAAUACAGAAAAAAACGGAUGGAUUAUCAUAAACUUUGGUCGGAGAAUUAAGAUCACUCCUUUUAGAGAGCAAAAGAAAUGCCGUGUUUUUAAAUAAGUGUUGGAUUUCAGUUAAUGAUUACACCGAUUGACUUCCGAUCGUUAAAAAAAACUGAAACUCUAGAGCUUUUCAUACAAUAUUGAUCUAGAAAAUUAUAGAAAGAGAGAUCAUAUUAUUUUACUUACUGCGGAAAAAUCACACUGAUGUGGUUGUUUAUGCAUAUUUUUGGAAUAUUAAGAUAGAAUUGGAAAAUUCAUCACUUUGAAUUUGCCAAUUCUUCACGAAUUCAUCGUUGAAGUUUUGAUAUCUUUUCGAAUGUAGGAUAAACAGCUUAAAACUUUAUGUGCCAAAAUAGUGAACAGUUUUGGCGAAAAAAAUUAUUUUGUCUUAAUUAGAAACCAAUUUUUUUACAUCGUUUCAUGAUUAAUUAUAUGAAACUAUAUUUUGCUUUAAAGAGAAAUUUCAUGGUUUACAAUCCCCCAGAAAAAGAAUAAAUUACUAGAUCGUCGAUAAGAAACUUUUGUAAAAGUAAAUACUUCCUAUGAUUUUUAAUUGUAUAGUAUAUAUAUAUAUAUGUAAUAACGGUGUAUCCACACCGAUAUUUUUUAGUUCAUUAGAAGUCAGAGCAGCAUGAUUAACGAGUCCAGUUUCGUCAUAAUCUUUUAUUUUACUAAACGAUGGUGAAAUAGCAGUUCCCUCUCCAGACGGAGAGGGAGAGACAGAGUUACAGUCAGAUCUGACGAAGUUUAGUUGGUAAACAUUAUACACCAAAAAGUCACGCUAAAACAUUGCCCCUCUAUUUUAUACGAUAAUUAAACUGUGUGAAGAGGUUAGUCAUAUUGCCUUCCUUGUGUAUUCUUACGCCUCAUCAAAUUAUUUAUUACUCAUAGCAAAUCGUUUAAUCUUUCCUUAUAUGGAAGUGAAAGAUCUUAAAAUAACUUCUCUUUUGAAGUAUAAAUCUAAUUAUUAUUCAUUGGCAUGUUUUUAGCCUUGAAGUCCCAAAAUAGAAUUUCUACCCUUAUCCUUUACUAAAGAUA